AUGGCCUAUCGAGAUGGCGCAGAGCUGCACAGGAGAACGAGCCGACGGCGGCACCCUCUCAGCCCGCCGCCCAUCGCACAUUAUGAUUGGCACCCCGCCGCCGAGACCGCAUUCGACCCGAUGCCGUACCGAAGGCCUAGAGACCUUAUACAAGGGCCUGACGAGAGGACUUCCACUUCGUCCAUGGGACGAAGCCGCUCAGUAAACACCACCAGCGGCGCGUCCGCCACCCUCGCAGCGACGACCAUGCCCAGGACCCCCCAACCAGCUCCCUAUAGGAGGGGGAGGGUGCCGGUCAACACUGACUAUGAUUCAUACGACGAGGAGUCGUCCGAGGGCGGUCGGAAGAGGGGGUGGGAGACCUCUAGACGUGGCCGCAGUCCGGAGCCACCCCGCCGCUCAAGGACGCGGCGUGCCCACGACUCGAGGCGGUCGUCGCGCUAUUCGCGGUCUGCUUCCGAGUCAGAUUCGGAUGACGAGUCGGGGACGAGCGUCUCGACACGGGUGGAAGAGCGGGAGCGGGAGCGGGAGCAGUGGCGAGGCAGGGACGGGGACGUUGACUGGGACAGGCGAGAGAGGGAGAGGGAGAGGUGCGGGAAACCGGCACGUCAGACAGUCGUCGAGCGGCGCCGGCGGCCGGAGGACGACAAGACGCCCAAGCGCCGCAGGAAGAUCAAGAAGAUCAUCUACUUGGAGGAGGACGGAUCCGCGGAGCCCACACCGCAGCAAUCCAUGGACGAGCGCAGCCGCUCGCCCCCGCGACAUCGUUCUCGCCCCUCACGACCACCGUCGGGACAACACCCCUCAAGACAGCGCUCUGAGAGUCCGGCCCGGAGAUCGAGUCACCAUCGUCCCCCGCCCAAGUCGUACGAUAUCUCCAAGCCGCCCAGCUCCUCCAGGAGGCUGGCCUAUGAGACGUACCCGGCUCGGGGCGAUUCUGACUUGACCCCGAGCAGGCAUGCCAGGAGACGCCCAUCCCAGGUUGUGUAUCCAGAGACCCGCACAGAAAUGCCCCCAAAGUGCUGUUCCGAGAACAUCGCCUUGAAGCACGUCGACCACCUGUUUUCGGCCGAGUUCAAGAAGAAGUGGAAUCGGAGGUUCCAGGAGUACUCGCAGCGAAACCGCAUCUACUGCCCUUCGAGGAAGUGUGGCGCCUGGAUCAAGCCGCACUACAUCCGCAGCGAAGGGGGCCGCAAGUACGGCAAAUGCGGCCAGUGCCGAACCAAAGUAUGCUGCUCAUGCAACGGCCGGUGGCACUCGUCGAGGGAAUGCCCCAACGACGAGGAGACAACCCGGUUCCUGGACCAAGCCAAGGAUGAGGGCUGGAAACGAUGCUUCAAAUGCAACCACAUGGGCAGCGUCUGCGGAGCACAAUUCUGCAUGGUGUGCGGCACCAAGUGGAAGAAUUGCGACUGUCCUUGGUUCAACGAUGAGACAGCGGACGCAGACCAGCUUCGUGACGUGCAGCUGCCGGCUACAAUACAGCGCAUGGAGCGGAUGGACCUCGCCGAGAGUUCGAGGAGUGUGCGGCCAACUGUCGCCUCCAGCGUGCCGCCGCCGCCGCCGCCGCAGCCGCUGCGGCGGUCGCGGUCGCAAGAGUAUGACAGCAGUAGAUUGAUGCGGAGGUUCCAAGAGAAUCGCGACGACCAAGAGAUUGCACGGACGCUACAGAGUUACGAGGUUGACGAUGUCUACGACAGAGGAUACGGUGAUAUCGUCAGCAUCGGCAACACGACGGGUCACUUCGUGAAUGACGACUAUCACCGAGAGUCGGACGCAUAUGUAUCGGCACCUGUGCCUCCAGCGCCGACGCCACCGGCGGCUUUCGAAAGGCCGGCGCCGACGGACUACAUGUCGGGGGUCAACAGAGCGCGAGGCCUCGCUGAACGCUUCUCGGAGCUCCGUCCGGGCCCAGGUGGCUCCUGGCCGGGGAUGAUUGCCCCGCCGCCUGUACCGCCCUUACUAGGGCCGAUGUCAACUCCUCUUAUGACAGCUCCGAUGGCAAUGGGACCCCCACCGCCGCUCCCGCUGUUGAGGAGACACACGAUAGAGGAGGAAAUGUACGACAGGACGGCGCGGCCAUCUGAAGGGAUGGUAUACGACUACGAGAGGGAGGCGGCGGUACAAGCGCCACGGAACCGGAGACGAAUGCGAGAGGAGCCAAGGUCGUCGACGCUCGCCGGGCUGACGGGGGUGGGCCGUGGCAUGAACCGGGUGCAUGAAUGGCGAAACCAUGUGCGGCCGGGCAUGCCGGAGGGAGAGGCGUCCGCAAUGGGGUGA